UUAAAACCACAGAAGAAGAAUACAACGCCAAUGAAGAAGAAGACUUACCAAACCAGCCGACUGACAGCCUUCAAGUAACCAAGCUCCGUGUUUUACGGCAGCACUGCUGGACCUCCUCGCCACUGGCAGGCAUUAGUGCACAAUCAUGUUGCUCUCUUCACUGCGGACGACUGUUUUUUGCGGUUGCAGGAGCAGCGCCAAGGGGUUUCAGCACAGCAGCCGGAGUCCACAGCUACGACAAUGGCUUGUGAAGAGAGGUCAGAGCACCGUCACAGCGGAGGCAGGAGCCUCCUCUACUCCAGCAGCAGCUGCUGUCCCAAACGCAGCCACAAAUCGCAUAGUGGGUCGCUGGUUACUCGGUUGCAGUGGACUGGUGGUUGGAGCCAUUGUCUUGGGUGGUGUCACAAGGCUAACAGAAUCUGGGCUUUCUAUGGUUGACUGGCAUCUGGUGAGAGAGAUGAAGCCUCCUCAAACACAAGCAGAGUGGGAGGCAGAGUUUUCCAAGUACCAGCAGUUUCCAGAAUUCAAAAUAAUGAACCACGAUAUGACUCUGCCAGAGUUUAAGUUUAUCUUCUUCAUGGAGUGGGGACACCGUAUGUGGGGCAGGCUGGUUGGACUGGCAUACAUCCUCCCCACUAUUUACUUCUGGAGGAAAGGAUACUUUACCCGUUCCAUGAAGGGAAAAGUGCUGGGGCUUUGUGGAUUUGUCUUCUUCCAGGGCCUUCUGGGGUGGUACAUGGUAAAAAGCGGGUUGGAGGAGAAGCCUGAGUCUUAUGACGUCCCUCGAGUCAGCCAGUAUCGCCUAAGUGCUCACCUUGGUUCUGCCUUGUUGCUGUACUGUGCCAGUCUCUGGACAGGGCUCACUCUGAUGCUGCCAGCUCACAAGAUGGCAGAAACCAAACGUCUCAUGCAGCUGAGGAGGUUUGCCAAGGGUACUGGUGGCCUCGUCUUCCUUACUGCCCUUUCAGGUGCUUUUGUUGCUGGUUUGGAUGCUGGGCUGGUGUAUAACUCCUUCCCUAAGAUGGGAGAACGAUGGAUUCCCGAUGAUCUGCUGGCCUUCUCUCCUACACUCAAGAACUUCUUUGAAAAUCCAACAACUGUACAGUUCGACCACAGAAUUUUAGCCAUCAGUUCUCUGACUGCGAUUACAGGCCUCUAUAUGUUCUCAAGGAGGAUGAUGCUGCCCAGGAGAGCUAAGAUCGCCAUCAGUCUUCUUGCAGCAAUGGCCUAUGGACAGGUUGCCCUUGGUAUCAGCACCCUGCUACUCUAUGUCCCCACUCCACUGGCAGCAACUCACCAGUCUGGCUCUGUGGCUCUUCUCUCACUGGCCAUUUGGGUUCUGGCAGAGCUCCGCAAAAUGCCCAAGUAAAUGCCUACUCCAUUAUGGACAAAUUUAAUCCCACACAGCAAGAAUGCAACAGUCAGCAGUGACACUUUGAGCGCUGGAUUCAGAACACUGGACUUUUGUGUACAUGCUGAAGCAUCCGUGGUGUCACUUUGCAAAGUAAUCUUCAUCACGCUGUUAUCAAAGCAGGAGCUUUUUUUUGAUUGUUGUUGAUUUAAGCAUUACAGGAAUACGUUAAGGCUUAUGUGUGUGUUUGGUUAUUUCAGGAAUUAAACAAAGAAAUGCAAAGCAAAGAGAAGCUAAUUAGGGGUCGACCAAUACGAUGCGACACAUUUGCAGUGAAAAUAUAAAUGUUGAUAUACAAAUUUAGAAUGCCACAAACUCCAACUUAAAUUGCUGUCGAAAUGCAGUCCUUUGUUUUACAUUUGUUUACCAAAAGGAGAACCUUUCAGCAUGUUUUUAUUCUUCAGUGUUGAUAGGCUGUGAUGCAUAGCCAAUCAGGUAAUGCUGUGGAGAGGACUUUGCUCAAGGCCACAGAGUGGUGACUGCAGAUAGUCAAGAUAACCCAUUUCAAUUAGCUUAAUUUUGUACGAAAAUGGUUUUUAGAAAGAAAAGAAAAUUGGAAAAAUGCUAAAUAUUGGAUUCGAUAAUUGGACAAACCAAUAAUCAGUCGACCCCUGAAGCAAAUUUUCACUUUCAGUCCAGCUUUCAUGACUUUACAAGAUUUCCAGUGAAGAGUUAAUUAUACAUUUGCUUUGCAGGCAGCUGUAAUGUGUAUUAGUGUUUCUGUUGAUAUGCAGUUUUAACAGGAUGUUGGAAGGAAAAUUUGGCUAUUAAAUGGUCACUUGUUGCCUUAUAUCAGGACAUACACUGCCUAAAGUUGAGGCAAAUAAGGCUCCUGGGAUUACAUGUAUAAUUAUGUAUAUUUAAAUUAUGAACAAUGUCUUGAUAAGUUAUAAUGUAAAUAUAUGGAAACUGACUGAUACUUUGUAUUUUAUCUUGCUGAAAGGAGUCUUAUUUCAUUAAAGGCUAUUAUGUAUAGUGUUUUAAAUUCAAA